AUGGGAUUGAAAAAAUCUCAGGUCUACAAUGCUGACGAGUCAGCCAUUUUCGUAAAGCUUCUAGCAUCACGAAGUGUAGUGCUUUCUAACGAGCAUCAACCUGCCGGAAGAAAAUUGAACAAGAUGCGCUACACCUUUAUGCCAUGCAGCAACGUUGACGGUUCAAACAAAUUAAAAUUGAUGUUCAUCGGAACUGCCGCCAAACCACGCUCGUUCCCGGAUAAGGAUAAACUGCCUGUAUCAUAUUAUAGCUCGAAGAAAGCUUGGAUGACGAGGGACCUGUUUAAGUCUUGGUUCUACAACGAGUUUGUGCCAGCUGUGAGAGAGUUUUCAAACAAGUCCAAUUUAGAGCCCAAAGCAUUACUCUUGUUGGAAAACUGCACAGCACAUUACGAUGGAGGAGACGAUUUAGUGUCGGACGAUGGAUUGAUUAAGGUAAUUUAUCUCCCACCAAACGUCACUUCUGAGUGUCAACCGAUGGAUCAAUCAGUAAUCAACGCAGUUAAAAUGCGCUACAAGAGAAAACUGAUGCUGAGGUUAGUUUUGGAAGAUGAGGACCUGAAGUUCGAAGACCGACUCAAAAAAGUUUCCCUACUGCACAGCAUCGACUGGUUAGCAACCGCCUGGAAUGAAAUAGGUUCUUCUACCAUUGAAAAUUCAUGGAAGAAACUGAUUCCCCAGUUUCCUGAUUGCGAGUGGAUUUCUGCUAACACUGAUGAAACUGACAGUGAAAAAGACAUGAGGGCUCUUGUCGCGGCUGUGAAUGCUUUAGCAGGCACCGUGACUUCUGACGAAGAGGUGAAUUUAUGGUUGACGGAUCGCGUGUACGAUGAGAACCGAAACCCAGCUUGGCUCACUAGCGUGGUAUACACGGACGACGAAAUAUUAGAUUCCGUUUUGGGCGAAAGCGGCGGUAACAUUUCACCAAUUAGAGACAUAGCAGAUGAUUCAAAUGACACACAAAUGGACAUGUCAUCAACCUUGGGACAGAAUCAUCUGUAUUCAGAUUUUAACCAUGCCAUUAAAUCUGUCGAUUUUUUGAUUUCUUUUAUGCAACACGAUGCUGCAGAAAUUGUGCGGCUCAAAUCAUUGCGAGCAAAAAUAGUCGAAGACGAAUGGCAAAAACAAAAUUUGUAA